AUGCCCACUCAAAUCACCUGGAAUCAAGUUGGACCUCUUGGAGGAAGCAGCCUUUUAUCACCUGCCUAUGUUACCGCAGAUGCAAAGAAAUUGGUCUUUACUUCCGGUUGUGUGGGUACUGAUCCUAAAACUGGUACAUUAGCUGAAGAAUUGGACCAGCAGGUGCGUAAUGCUUUAGAAAAUUUGAAAAAUGUAUUAAAAGCAAGUGGUUCUUCAAUCGACAACGUGUUGAAAGUUUUGUUGUUCGUUGCGGACGGUUCAUUUGCAGCUCCAGUUAAUAAAAUUUAUCAGGAAUAUUUUCCUGGUGCACCAGCUAGAAGUUGUAUAGUGGUUAGUUUCCCAGAUCCAAAACUGAAAGUUGAAUUAGAAUGUAUUGCUCAGACUUUGUAA